AUGGCCAAGGACAUCCUGGCUGAAGCCGGGCUGCACUUUGAUGAGCUGAACAAGCUGCGGGUGUUGGACCCGGAGGUUACCCAGCAGACCAUAGAGCUCAAGGAAGAAUGCAAGGCCUUUGUGGACAAAAUUGGCCAGUUUCAGAAAAUAGUUGGUGGCUUAAUUGAGCUUGUUGACCAACUUGCAAAGGAAGCAGAGAAUGAGAAGAUGAAGGCCAUUGGUGCUCGGAACUUGCUCAAAUCUAUAGCAAAACAGAGAGAAGCCCAACAGCAGCAACUCCAGGCACUAAUAGCAGAAAAGAAAAUGCAGCUUGAAAGGUAUCGGGUUGAAUAUGAAGCUUUGUGUAAAGUAGAAGCAGAACAAAAUGAGUUUAUUGACCAAUUUAUUUUUCAGAAAUGA